AUGUCAGAAUGUAUUUACAAAUUGCAAAAUGAAGAAUAAUAACUUAUAGAAGAACAACCUAAAAAAACCAGUUAAAAUUAAAAAAGGUAUAAGUCUUAGCAUCCAGGAAAUCUUCCUCCUUCCUAUUCUACUUUUAACACAAAAAAUACAACUCUUAAUAUUAAUAAUAUAAAUGGCAACAAAAUACUUCAUAAAGGAUAUUUAAAACAUCAUGCAUUAUGGGGAAAACCAAAAAACUUUGAAGUUACUGAUGAAUUAAUGUUUCCUCUAGGUCUCAUUAAACCUGAUGAUUGUGCAUUAAAAAAACCAAAUAUUCCUCUUCAUUUUAAAUAGAAUGUUGAUAUGGAAAAAUUCAAAGAAUAUUUAGAAAAUAAACCUAAAAGACCUAAAUCUGGAGGAUAAAAACCUAAAUAAAUUGAUUACUUUAAAAAAGAUACCUUUGGCAAAGUUCCUGAAUAUUUAGAGAAAAUGAAAAAUGAUAAAUUAGAAAAAUAAAGAUUAGAAGAAGAAGAAAUCAGAAGAAAAAAGAAAGAAAAAGAAGAAUAAAAAAUAAAAAAGGGAGAUGUAUUUAAAAUAAUGUAACAACUUUUAUAAAAGAAAGAAGAACUAUUAAAGGAAUUUGCUUAAUAUAGUCAUAAAAGAGAUAUGACUUAAUAAACAAAAUUAAGGUAAAUAAAAUAUAAAUAAAAUUAGAAAAGAAGAAUUAGAAAAAAGAUUAAAUUAAAUGGAUGGAGACAUAAAAAAAUUAGAAAGACUUUACAAUCAUUGA